AUGGAAAAAGGAGGGCAUGAAGUUGGAGUGAUGGGUAGCCCAGCUAGCCUCGGGAAAGCCACAUCUUAUGAGGGUACUGGCAUCUUGCAGCCCUUGGAUCCUCAGAUUGUUGGCAAGCUGCGUCGCAAGAUGGACCUCAUCUUGCUCCCAACGCUAGCAGUCAUGUAUACAUUCAACUCUCUCGAUCGCAGCAAUCUAGGCAAUGCUAGAACGGCCGGCCUCGAGAAAGAUUUGAAGAUGAAGGGAGAUCAAUACAAUCUGCUGUUGACUAGCUAUUAUAUCGUCUUCUGCCUGUUCGGGCCGGUCAUGGCUGUUUUCACCCGCGUCGCUACCGCCAAAGUGGCCCUGCCUUGCAUGAUGCUGGCUUUCGGCGUCGCCUCUGCCGCAACAGCGGCCACCAAAAAUUUCGAGGGUCUUCUAGCGUGUCGAAUUUUCGUCGGCAUCUUUGAGUCGGGCUUUUUGGCAUCGGUUGUCUUCUACCUCUCUAAGUGGUAUACUCGUGCAGAAAUUGCGUCUCGAAUUGCUGUGUUCUACGCUGGGACAGUGGUAGCUUCGGCAUUUGGUGGCCUUCUUGCAUAUGGAGUCUUCCAAAUUACGGGCGGCGCGCUCCACGUCUGGGCAUAUCUUUUUAUUCUGGAGGGCUGCAUGACCUGCUUGAUCGCUAUCGCUGCGUAUUUCAUACUGCCUGGAGACAUCGGCGAUGCUUAUUUCUUGACGCCUACUGAAAAGAAGAUCGCAACAGCUCGAAUGCAAAUGGAUGCAACGCAAGUACAAGCACCGAACUUUAUCUGGUCUGAAGCGCUUUCCGAAUUUAGGACUAUUCACGCGUAUGCACGAAUAUUGAUCGCUGUUGCUUGCGGCCUCCUACCGCAGUCAAGUGCGAAUUUCCUAGCUAUUAUGACUGUAAGAUUGGGAUAUUCGGUUGCUAAAACAAACCUUUAUACGGUUGCUCCAGCCGUGACAGCGACGGCAUUUGUUCUAGCAUUUGCCUAUUCGUCCGACCACUUCCGCGAGCGUGGCUUUCACAUGGCAGUGCCAUGUGCCAUAGGUAUGAUUGGCUAUAUCAUACUCAUUGCAGUCCAUGUUGAAACGCAUAAAGGGAUUGGAUACCUAGCAAUAUUCUUCUGUACUACUGGUGCAUACCCAAUGGCAGUUAUCUUCUCUGCAUGGACAGUAGCAAACAUCCCCAAUCUCAACGCCCGGGCACUUACAACUGGAAUCUUGCUCUCGAUAUCGAACGCUACCGGAUUGGUGACAUCAAACAUCUUUCUGUCUCGAGAGGCCCCGAAGUAUAUGACUGCGCUGAUCGUGAACACCACCUUUUCAGCACUCGGCAUGGGUUUCGUAGUUAGCUAUAGUUUGUAUCUGCGACUGCUCAAUCGAGCACUGGCCACCAACGAUCGACCAGGAGGUCUAUUCGGGGAGGACAAGUUGGACCGCGGCGAAGGGUUCAGAUUUCAGCCCUAG